AGAGCGACGAUGGAGUCGGUGCGGGCGCAGCGGCUGCAGCCCGGCGUGGGCGGGACGCUGCGCUCCCUGCGGCCCGGGGUCACCGGGGCUCCCGCCGCCCCUCCGCCCGCCGCCGCUCCGCCUCCUCCGGCCGUUCUGGGGCCGGGCCUGGGGCUGCCGCCGCCGCCGCCCCCGCUGGGCCUGCAGGGCUCCGCCGCCUCCGCCCCGCCGCCCCCCCCCGGCUCGGGGCCGCCCGCGGUGCUGCGGGAGGCGGUGGAGGCGGUGGUGCGGAGCUUCGCCAAACACACGCAGGGCUACGGCCGCGUGAAUGUGGUGGAGGCCCUGCAGGAGUUCUGGCAGAUGAAGCAGUCCCGGGGGGCCGACCUGAAGAACGGAGCCCUGGUGGUGUACGAGAUGGUCCCGGCCAACAGCCCGCCCUACGUCUGCUACGUCACCCUGCCCGGCGGCAGCUGCUUCGGCAGCUUCCAGUUCUGUCCCACCAAGGCCGAGGCGCGGAGGAGCGCCGCUAAGAUCGCGCUGAUGAACUCGGUGUUUAACGAGCAUCCCUCGCGGAGGAUCACGGACGAGUUCAUCGAGAAGAGCGUGUCGGAGGCCCUGGCGUCCUUCAACGGCAACCAGGAGGAGGCCGACAACCCCAACACCGGCAUCGGCGCCUUCCGCUUCAUGCUGGAGUCCAACAAAGGGAAAUCCAUGCUGGAGUUCCAGGAGCUGAUGACGGUGUUCCAACUGCUGCACUGGAACGGCAGCCUGAAGGCCAUGCGGGAGCGGCAGUGCUCACGGCAGGAGGUCCUGGCUCAUUACUCCCACCGCGCUCUGGACGACGACAUCCGGCAGCAGAUGGCCAUGGACUGGGUGAGCAGGGAGCAGAGCAGCCCGGGCGCGCUGUCCCGUGAGUUGGCCGCCACCGAGCGCGAGUUGGACGAGGCGAGGCUGGCCGGGAAGGAGCUGCGCUUCCACAAGGAGAGGAAGGACAUCCUGCUGCUGGCGGCCGGGCAGCUGGGCAGCCUGCACUCCUCGGGCUGCUGAGCCCCCCAAUGGGACCCCCCCUUCACCCCCCUCCCCCCCCCCCCGGCGCCCCGCAGGGCUCCUCCGCCCCCCACCCCCCCCCCCCCCCACCCCCCUUUUGCACAUUGGAAGCCUUUCUUUCCCUUUGGUCGCUUUGGUUUCGGUCGCGUAAAGAACCCAAACGGGGCUCCCGUACGGCUCCGCGCUGCCGCUUCCGGCGUUGCUCCGCCACCUCCCGCCCGCUGCCGGGGGGGUUCCCCGUCCGUCCCCCUUUAAAGGGGUGGGGGGGCCGCAGGGGGCGCAGCCCGACGCCCUCAGCACCGCCCGACCCCUCCGUGCCCCAACGCGGGGCUCUGUGUGCCGCGGCUCUGCACUGCGAUGGGAGCCGUGCGGUGGGAGCUGCGCCCCCCACGGCAGCCGCGCGGACCCCGCGGGGUCUCCCAGGGGGCUUUGGGGGGGGGGGGGGGGGGGGGGGGGGGGGGCUGCGGCCGCCCCACGCGGCGCUGCGGGCUGUGGGGUCGCCCCCAUAGUGAUGCUGUGGGCUGUGGGGUCGCUUCCAUAGCGGGGCUGUGGGCUGUGGGGUCGCCCCUAUAGCAGCGCUGUGGGGUCGCCCCCAUAGCGGCACUGUGGGGUCGCCCCCAUAGCGGCACUGUGGGCUGUGGGGUUGCCCCUACAGCGGCGCUGUGGGCUGUGGGGUUGCCCCCAUAGUGGUGCUGUGGGCUGUGGGGUCGCCCCCAUAGUGGUGCUGUGGGCUGUGGGGUCGCCCCCCGUAGCGGCGCUGUGGGGUCGCUCCCAUAGCGGGGCUGUAGGGUCGCCCCCAUAGUGGUGCUGUGGGCUGUGGGGUCGCCCCCAUAGCGGGGCUGUGGGCUGUGGGGUUGCCCCUAUAGCGGCGCUGUGGGCUGUGGGGUCGCCCCUAUAGCGGGGCUGUGGGCUGUGGGGUCGCCCCCAUAGUGGUGCUGUGGGCUCUGAGGUCGCCCCCCAUAGCGGCGCUGUGGGGUCGCCCCGAUAGGGAUGCUGUGGGCUGUGGGGUCGCCCCCAUAGCGGCUCUGUGGGGUCGCCCCCAUAGUGGCGCUGUGGGCUGUGGGGUCGCCCCCAUAGCGGCGCUGUGGGGUCGCCGUUCCCGGAGCCGCUGCCGUUUUGUAUCCCCACCGGCGCCGGGUUUGAUAUAUAUUUUUAUAGACGCAGCAGCGGUGGUUUCUGAUGUGUGCGGGAUGGGGGCGGCAGCGGCCGAGCGGCUGCGCGGUGCUCACCCCAUAGCAGCGCUGUGCUCACCCCAUAGCAGUGCCUGACCCCAUAGCAGCGCUGUGCUCACCCCAUAGCAGUGCCUGACCCCAUAGCAGCGCUGUGUUCACCCCAUAGCAGCGCUGUGCUCACCCCAUAGCAGUGCCUGACCCAAUGCAGCGCUGUGCUCACCCCAUAGCAGCGCUGUGCUCACCCCAUAGCAGUGCCCGACCCCAUAGCAGCGCUGUGCUCACCCCAUAGCAGUGUCUGACCCCAUAGCAGUGCUGUGCUCACCCCAUAGCAGCGCGGUGCUCACCCCAUAGCAGUGCCCGACCCCAUAGCAGCGCUGUGCUCACCCCAUAGCAGUGCCUGACCCCAUAGCAGCGCGGUGCUCACCCCAUAGCAGUGCCCGACCCCAUAGCAGCGCUGUGCUCACCCCAUAGCAGUGCCUGACCCCAUAGCAGCGCUGUGCUCACCCCAUAGCAGUGCCCGACCCCAUAGCGGCGCUGUGCUCACCCCAUAGCAGCGCUGUGCUCACCCCAUAGCAGUGCCUGACCCCAUAGCAGCGCUGUGCUCACCCCAUAGCAGUGCCCGACCCCAUAGCAGCGCUGUGCUCACCCCAUAGCAGUGCUGUGCUCACCCCAUAGCAGUGCCUGACCCCAUAGCAGCGCUGUGCUCACCCCAUAGCAGUGCCUGACCCCAUAGCAGCACUGUGCUCACCCCAUAGCAGUGCCUGACCCCAUAGCAGCGCUGUGCUCACCCCAUAGCAGUGCCUGACCCCAUAGCAGCACUGUGUUCACCCCAUAGCAGCGCUGUGCUCACCCCAUAGCAGUGCCUGACCCCCAUAGCAGCGCUGCAGUCACCCCAUAGCAGUGCCUGACCCCAUAGCAGCGCUGUGCUCACCCCAUAGCAGCGCUGUGCUCACCCCAUAGCAGUGCCUGACCCCAUAGCAGCGCUGUGCUCACCCCAUAGCAGUGCCUGACCCCAUAGCAGCACUGUGCUCACCCCAUAGCAGUGCUGUGCUCACCCCAUAGCAGUGCCUGACCCCAUAGCAGUGUUGUGUUCACCCCAUAGCAGCGCUGUGCUCACCCCAUAGCAGUGCUGCAGUCACCCCAUAGCAGUGCCCGACCCCAUAGCAGCGCUGUGUUCACCCCAUAGCAGCGCUGUGCUCACCCCAUAGCAGUGCCUGACCCCAUAGCAGCGCUGCAGUCACCCCAUAGCAGUGCCUGACCCCAUAGCAGCACUGUGCUCACCCCAUAGCAGUGCCUGACCCCAUAGCAGCACUGUGCUCACCCCAUAGCAGCGCUGUGCUCACCCCAUAGCAGUGCUGCAGUCACCCCAUAGCAGCGCUGUGCUCACCCCAUAGCAGCACUGUGUUCACCCCAUAGCAGCGCUGUGCUCACCCCAUAGCAGUGCCUGACCCCAUAGCAGCGCUGCAGUCACCCCAUAGCAGUGCCUGACCCCAUAGCAGUGCUGUGCUCACCCCAUAGCAGCGCUGUGCUCACCCCAUAGCAGCGCUGCACACCGCCGCUGACGCACCGACCGCUGCCUUUUGUAUCCAUGGUUUUAUACAAUAAACAGCUCCGAUGUGGGGUA